AUGAAUUAUAUUUUUAAAGUCCCCAAUCAUCUUUGACUUUUGAAUGAAGGCUUUCUGGGAGCAAAUGGCUACAACAUUUUAAGCCCGUCUCGAUCUGAGAGGAGCCGAAAAAUAAGUCACAUUUGUGUGAAAGACAACGAAUUCAUAAUCGAUACUUCUCUCAUCAUUGACGAUGCAACGGCCAUCGAUUGUCACCUUGACAUUAAACGACCUCGAUGAUCUUGAUCAUCUCAAAGAUGAAUACGAAAUUCAGCACAGCCAAAAGCAAAGCAUACAAGAUGACUUGGAAACGGAACCUGUUAGUAAUACAGAACCUGUUCAGUUGACUCGCGCCCAACAAAGAGCCUUGGAUACAAAGCGUAGGAUGGGUUUUAUAUAAACACGCCAAAUAUAUAUCUCUGCGUUUUUGACUACACCCAAGCAAAGCAAGUUUCUUCCUUCCUUUUUUUUUUACGACUCUCAGGCACAAUUAUAAUAAAGACAC